UAUCACUUUCGUCCAAAGCUUCAGUCAGUAAGGUUGCAUAGAGAAACCUCUCAGAAGAAAACUUGUUUUUUUUUUCGAGCAAGUGUACCGCGAUUUGUAAAGUAAAGGGCUAUUUUUGUAAAAACCCACGUUACACACCGAACAGUCUGUGCGAUAUAAAAAUAGUGUAUUGGGGUUUACCCGUCUAUGAACAGUGAGUAGGCGCCAUUUGCGAAAAUAGUAUUUCAAAAGCAGUCUACGCCAAGUCAGACAUACCAGAUCGUAUAAAUAGCUACCGUGCAGUGUUCAAGUUUGUCUGAAUGAAAAAAUAGUGCCCAAAUUUACAACUCAGAGGCAGAAAGUGCAUUAGCGUAGUUUUGGUAGUAAAUUUGUAGAGCUUCAGUUAAAGCGAUACCUUUGAGCGCCACCCAUCUUCAUUGGACAACGUGAAGCCAUAGAGUAGAACGCAGCACUCAAGUCCUCUACACGUUCGACCUGAUCGCGUUCAUUCAACCGUGCUUGUUGGAUCAGUCCAAUAGGGUUCUAAAUCCGGCUCGGAACUGCCUUACUCUGGCUUCCUCUCGGUAGCGUAAACUGCCUCAAGACGUUUUCCCUCAAAAUGGAUAUCUACUACAUGAGCGACAGUAUCCAGUAUGGGUCCUUUCGGAACCCUCUCUACCGGGACUACGAAAAGUUCCCCUAUGGGACACUUGAGAACCCGCUGAAUAGUCCCCCCAAAAGCAGCGGCCAGCAGAUGCAGAAGCAACAACAGCAACGAGACGGCUACAAUGUGACCCAAGGCAAAUCAAAGUCCAAAUCGCCCAAAGACUCGUGUCCCUUCUGCAAGGAUCAGAAGAAACGUCCCCUGGGGGCGUACCUCCGUAAACGGGGCCAACGCAUCACCAGUGAGAGCAUCUCCGAAGACGUCGAAGAAUGCUUGGAAGAAGAGCAGGAAGAAUCGACGACUCCCGCUGGCGGAAGUCCGACCAACAAUGAGCUUUCGGGGCACGAUCACCAUCACCAACAUGAGCGAAGCCACCAGGUGCUGGCCGGUGGAAGGUUCUCGCGCCAGGAGUCCAAUGAGAGUGAUGUCAAAUAACACCAUUUACAUACUAAUUUCUACUGUACUGUACUCUAGCUGGUAAGAAACAGUGGUUUCAGUUUUGUAUGUAUACUUUGUUAGCUGUAAAAUUAACACUUAAGAGUAAGUGAAAUUCGAUAUUUAUUCGGAAUCAAGCUUUUUGGGAGCAGGUUUUGAGUUUGGAACACUCUUAAACACAUUAUUCCCCAGAUUGUCGAAAGACAAAAACCGUUAGAACGAAAAUGAUAGUUUCAGUGAAACAAAACGGUAGGGGUAAAUCAACCAACACAUUCAAUGAAAAAAAUGCAAUCGGAGAAAAUGAGGAAAAGACUGACCUUCAAUCAAAUAAUCAAUGGUGUACCUGUCGUCGAAACUGCGAAACGAUGAUGAUACAAACAGAAACAAAAAAUGCUACACAAAAAUCCAAUCGUAAGUGCAAUCAUACAACUACUGCGUCUAGAUAAACUAAACACUGCUAAAGAAAAGUGGCAUUUGUCUCAUUUUCCAAGGGAACAACGCUGUUCUCCAUCUCAACUUCACUAGAGUUUGUGAACAGCGCGAAGUAGUCAUUCUUUUUCUCGAUGUUUAUUCAUAAAAUAGCGUUGUGGGACGCUUGCAUGCGGCCGGUAUAAUAGCUUUUAGAAGUAUAAGAAUAUUUAAUCUGUUAGGCAUAACGCAACUAUAUACAUAAUACUAUUGUAUUUCUGUCAAAUUUAAGAACACUGAUUGAAUUACUGUUUUUGGAUGCAUAUACUUAUUGUUGAAUAAAUGUGCAGCUUAUUAAUGAAAGUCAAGAUGAUCUUAAAGUCACAUUUAAGAAUUUGAAAGAAUUUCUUAAAAUAACAUUGUGCAUUCUUGUUUCUAUUUUCGCACCCUAUUCAUUAUCAGCAAUAUUGUGUUUCUUAAAGCGUGCGCUGUAUACUUUACUCAAUAGUUUUUGUUUUGAUGCAUUUUAUUGAUGAACAACUUUGAAUUUUACGGAAUUAGGUCAACAGACGCUUUAUACGCUUGUCUUUUUUUUUUCUUUUCAAAAAUGAAAAUCGAAUCAAAUUUAAAAUCAAAAUAAUCUCGGAGACUGACUGGAAACCAAUGGAUUGAUCGGUGAACAAGAUUACUAUGCAGCUGCGAGUCUAAAUGAUUAAACUGCAGUGUAGAGAUCCGAAUUCUGAACGACCAUGGCGGCUGGGAAGGCGGAGCUCCGUCCAUUUAUAUCUACAUACAUCGGAAAACAGUCCGAGUUGAACGAUCGCUCUCCAUUUCUCGAUUGGGUUCAGAUUACAACUUCCAGAUUAAAUAACUAGGUAUUGUGAUACAUAUACCCUUUAACAUGUUUGCCACUGAGAUACUUUGGUAUCGACUGAACUCAAGACCAAGUGUUAUUGAUGAAUAGAGAUCCUGAAUUUAUUAUAGUGUGUGAUUCCUCCAUUCUGGCGAGAGUAGCUUUAUAAAGGUAACGACGUCACACGGUGUGUUGAAACAGGAUUAUUAUCGCACUUUCAUGAACCUAAAAUAUUUUUUCGUUAUAAGUUAGCCUUAGCUGUAUAUAUUAAGAUUCUGGAGGUUAAAAAAUCUUUCAUCGGGGAAAAUUAAAAUAAAUUCGAUUUGAGUAGUUUACCACUUUCUCCAUAUGAUAUGGUAUUACGCAAAUCUGAUGAACCUAAACUCUGCUGGAAAAAGUCCCCUUCUUUUAAUAAAAUUGAAAUCAUUUAGAGAGAAACGAAUGUAAAAGUCUUGACAAAGAGUUUAAACUUGUUUGGCGUUCGUUUCAUGUGUCCAGCCCACUACAGUCUGCCGAAAGUCAUAAAUCAUAAAAGUCUACAUUUCUUCCAUUUUUAUGAAGGUAAACAAAUACUUCCCAUUAGUGCGACUCAAACAUUUGAGGGAGCGCCAUACACCUGUGACUCAUACCAUUUGCAGUACAAACCCUUCAUGUGCUAAAUUGCCUGAAAUGGUGGGUAUUUGUUGCACAUACUUUGCAUGUCAAACCACAUCCACAUGGAUAUUUGACAAAAAGUAUUAGUCGACUAUACUAAGCGUGCAUGACGCAUUUGUAAAAGUUCUGCCUCUGAUCUGCUGAGGACUUUUGUCCAUACAAAAUCCUAAAAUUUUCAAAACCCUUUUUUCCUUUUUACUUCUAAAAUGAUACCUUUAGGGUUAAAUGGCCUGUUGAGUCUCAAAUAACACAAAUUUGACGCAACAUAUAUAAGAUUUGCGUUGUCAUAUUAUGUUAACGCAUUCAAAAAUGAUUAUUCAACAUUUGGUUUAAAACAAGGCACACCGGGCCAAGUUCAAACGGGUGGGGUUAGAAGAAACACCAGGUUAACGUGAAAUUAUCUAGUAAUGAUAAGCAAUUUGAAUGUCAUAACAUUUUUUUUUAAUCAAACAAUCAUUUGGUCAAGGAUUAAUAUACAAAUUGUAUUGAAAUCUUUUUCAAAACAUCACAAGUUUUUAUUAAGAAUUUUCCGAAUGCAACUCAUGCUUAAUAUAUGUCAUUGUGAUUAAUAUCUUAUAGUAUAAGCCUAAAAUAUAUUGGAACAUAUCGAUUUGCAAGUAAUCUGAUGAAUUCCAAUAAUGGUAGUCUCGUGCAGUGAUUUUAUUUCUAUGUUAGUCUGGGUUAUCUGUAGUUUCAUUUUUAAGACACUUUGGUCUUGAUAAAAUCUUCAUGUAUUUUAAUGGUUUCAAUGUUAUGACUGCAUAAAAUAAAGUUUCUUUUUCCCAAGUAAAAUCCCAUCAUUUUUGCAAAGUGAGUUUGACAAAAGAUGCAGUAUGGAGAGGAAUGUCACUUGUCCUUGCAGAUCGCGAUAAAAACGAAUUAAAAUGUCACCCGUACACUCGAUACCUUCCAACCAUAUUCUAUGUGUUAUAACAAUUUAGCAAUCUAAAUUUGUCCAAUAACUCCGUAAUGAAACAUAAAAUAACUAAUAAAAGUUCGUAAAAAGUUGUAUUGAAACCUCAAAUUGCGUCAAUCUUGCCUCACUUUACAUAUCACUGUUGUUGUUUUUUUUUCAAUAUAUUUUAUGACAUUCCCAGAACAUUGAUGUCUCCUUAAUAUUGUUCUACAUUUUCAAUUUUCAUUUAAUCUGUAGAUUUAGUUAAAUUUGUUCUCAGCAUAAACAACAGUGGACAUAUCUAAAACUAAGUAAAAAAAAAAUAGAGCUAAGGACUGUUCCUUUUAAUUGCACUACGAUUUUGCUUUGAUAGAUACGUUUUUCAAACUUUGAUUGAUACGUAUUUCAACCACAACUGAUAGGUCAUCUUCAGUGUCUCGUACUUAAUCCGAUAUUCUGCUUACGUACAUGUAUUCCGGUAACAUGUCCAGGUUCAUUAUCAUCAAAUUUAAAACUGUUUCAAUCAAACAUUGAUUGAUUUCACAAUAAAAAAGUGAUUACAUAUGCUUACCUUAAAGUACGUGUAUCAAGGGCGUGUGCCGAAAGAAUAAUCAAAAGCUAUUCUCUAAGGGCUGAUUUCUUCACCUCGGAUUAACCGGUAAACCAAGCUUACCCAUAUAGUUAAACCUGGUUUAACGCUUAAGCCAGGGUGAAGAAAUGUGUCCAACAUGCAAACAAAAGUAUUCAUAGGAUGAAUUUUCACUUGUUAGUAAAACAUUGAGCCCUGCAAAAUCAGAGCACAAUAUACAUAAAAAAUCUUAUUAUAUUCGAAGAGUUAUCAGUGUUUCUGCUAAACUAUCUCAAAACAAGUUAAUUCACAGUUAAUAUGAAUGUUAAAAAAUACGCGAGAUUAAGUCAUCAUAUUUGUUUAAUGAUUUCCCAAUCGAAGCAUCUUUCGUGGCCGUGUGAUCGUCGUUUAGGUGUAUCGUUAUAUGGUUUGGCUUGCAUAGUAUGUGCAACUAAUAACCACCAUAACAGGCAAAUUAGCGCAUGAACAGUAUGUGCUGCAAAUGGUAUGAGUCACAGGUGUAUGGCGCUUCUUCAAAUGUAUGAGUCGCACUAAUGGGAAGUAUUUGUUUACCUCCAUUACAAAUAUCUAUGUGCCAGACAAAUGGAAGGAAUGUAGACUUUUAUGAUUUUUGACUUUCGGCAGACUGUAGUGGGCUGGACACAUGAAACGAACGCCAAACAAAUAUAAACUCGUUGUCAAGACUUUUACAUUCGUUUCUCUUUAAAUGGGGUCAAAUUUGUUAAUAGAAGGGGACUUUUUCUAGAGUUUAGUAGGUUCAUCAGAUUCGCGUAAUACCAUAUCAUAUGGGAAAAGUGGCGAACUACUCAAAUCGAAUUUAUUUUAAUUUUCCCCGAUGAAAGAUUUUUUAACCUCCAGAAUCUUAAUAUAUACAGCUAAGGCUAACUUAUAACGAAAAAAUAUUUUAGGUUCAUGAAAGUGCGAUAAUAAUCCUGUAUCAACACACCGUGCGUCAUUGAGGGAUAAGAUCCUUAUGCUAGAAAGCCCUAUGAAGGGCUGGGCAAAGCCUUUGACCCUACCAUCGAUGAGUAAUAGCAGAAGAUGUGUUAGAAAUGAGAUUUAUCAAUAGACCCAUAGAUCAGUAUUUUCUUUGUUUUCAGUCCUGAGCACCCACGGCGGUGCAGAGGGUUCUGUCGACUUGCUUUAUUUCGUUGUUGAGACUACGCUGCCAUGAGCCUCUGCUGGGUCUGCCUCUGCUGCGAUGUCCUGCUGAGUGUGGCUGACCCAACACCGUUGAGUGUUCUUCACUGAUACACACCAAGUUUCACUGGCGUACAACAACACAAAUUUCACGUUUGAGUUGAAAAUUCAGAUUUUGGUGCGUCGACUAAUCAGGUUGUUUUUUCAUACAUUUCCUAAACUCGCAAAAGCAGCCCUCGCCUUCUUGAUCCGUACACCUAUGUCGAUCUUGGUACCGCCAUUUGGCUACCAAGAUAUUAGAAGCUUUCAGCAUUCUCCACUGCUUGCCCAGCUACCGCAAAGCAAGAAGGGUUGCUCGUGUUUACAUCGAACGAUUCGGUAUUGUUGACGUUGAUGGUAAGACGGGUAAUGCGUCGAACUCUUGGCAGAUCAUGCUGCGGUGUUGAUGGCGUGGCCGACACUUGAAAAGGGUUUUCAAAGUGCUCGCACCAGCGUUUAAACUGUUUAUAGCCAGGUCGGUCAAUAGCUGUCCAGACGUGUCUUUUACGGGCAUCGUAGCAUUCAUCUUAGUCCCACUAAGACGACGUGAAACAUCGUAGAGGAGAAUGUCGCCGGUGUUAGCGGCUUUCUCGCCUUCGUCGGCUAGGGAGUCCGCCCAUGCUAUGUUGUCCCGUCUACAUGAUCGUUCCACUUCCUGCUCGAGAGCCGAAUAGCGCUGACGGGCUACUACUUUGGCUUCUCGUGUUUUCGCUCGCUCUAUCCUCCAGGUGUAAUCCACUGCUUUCACCGGGUGCGUAGCUCACCCAAAUUAUUCUCGCCGAUGGCAAAGAAGGCGUUCUGGAUAGUGCACCAUUGAUCUUCUACGCUUCCACCUGUUGGAAUAUCCACAGCACGGUUCUCUAUCUCCUCGAUGAAGGUUCACCGCAGCGUCUUCCAGUCGGCGUGUGUUGAACCGGCGCCCGAUUUUUUCCUCCUGUCGAUGGAUCCUAGCAAUGCGCAGCCGAAUCUCGCCAUUUAGGAGAUGAAGGUCGGGCGAAAUGUCGGCGCUACGUUUGUCUCGCACAGCAAGAAUGUUCCAUUUCCAUUUCCGGCUGAUGCAGAUGUAGUCGAUUUGAUUUUCCGUGACGCCAUCACGGGAAACCCAUGUCACUUUGUGCACUAGUCGAUGAGGAAAGACCGAUUCCUCAAUCAUCAUGUCAUUGCUGCCACAAGACUCUGGAAACAGCUCUCCGUUCUCGCUCAUUUCUCCGAUACCAUGGCGUCCCAUGACGUGCUCAUAGUCCGAGUUGUCGGAACCAACCAUCGCGUUGAAGUCACCCAUAAGGAUCUUGAUAUCAUCUUUUGGAAUCUUAUCCACGACAGCAUUCAGUUGACUGUAAAAGUUCUCUUUGUCUAGCAAUUCGGCAGUAUCGGUUGGCGCGUAAUACUGGAUCAUGGUAAGGUUUCAAACCCGUGUUCUGGCACAAAUAUCCUCUCAUUAAUAGGUUCCCACUCCAUGAGCGCAGCGUGCGCGUGAGCGCUGAUCAGGAAACCAACUCCACGGUGACGAGGAGCGUGUUCACCUCGUAGGCCAGACUAUAGCAGAAUUUAAUCCGAUACCAAUCUGUGUUCUCCAAAGUUCGGCCAACGGACUUCGUUCAGUCCUAGGAUCUCAAGCUUCAUACGGCAUGCCUCAUUAACUAGUUGUGUCAGUUUACCCUGCUUGGCUAGGGUUAAUACAUUCCAAGUUCCAAUUCUUGUCCGUUGUUUCGCGCUUAACCCUUAUGUGGCCGGCAGGGUACCCGGGUACCCAGCACCCAUUCAAAAUACACGGUGUAGAAAAAAGCAAAAAGUUUGCCGGCCACAUAACGGUUAAAGUCGUUGCCGUUGAAUCAAUUCGUAAUCUUUCAUUUACUGUGUUUCUGUAACGGUUUUUAGGUUUCGGGAACAGUAGGUUAUUGGCCUAAGGUCCCAUGUCCAUCGUGGUGGGGCUGCCACCUUAGGUAUAUCUUCCGGUAGAAGAGCAUUUCAUACUCAGACUCUGGAUGCCAGAACAAACGCUGUUUGAGCCACACCUCCUUGGUGAACAGACGCUCGGGACGUACUUCCUCAAUCUAGCUGAAGUCAGAAGGACAACAGUGCCCAGGCUACACUACCAGUUAUGCACACAAGUCUUGACAAAGACCGCCAUCGCUUGAUCCGUGGAAGCAUCGGGUAGGAAUCUCUAAAGCCUGCGCACUUUAGAAUCGGUACACUUUCAACCGGUUGCCGGUCAAAAACGGUGUCACUUGGAAAAAAGUGUUGUUAGAAGCAAUUGAAGCUUAUCUAUUGUAGAUUGUAGGAAAAAUAUAAAAUAGUGCCAGUUAUUUCUGCACACAUUGAGCAAAAUCCAAUCAUUGACAGAUUCAAGAUUUGUGUAGGAAUAUAUAAUUACCAAACCCACCAAUUUCGCAGUAUAGAAUAGUUGUUGGUAUUAUGAUUGUUGAUUAAGGGAGGUAAAAUAUUCCAUGAGUGUUUUAAAAUUUCCAAUAUAGCUAUGGUAAGCCUUUGAAGGGUUUUAUGAAAAAUCAAAGGCUUGCAUAGAUAUUUAGGGUCAAAAAAGUUGUUUUCACAUAAGCUUUAGUUCGGCAAAUCCGCAUACGGGAAGGAUACUAUACGAAUAGUAUUGGUAUACAAAAAACAAUGAUUUGAUGCAGAACAAUAUAAAUAAUCGUGGCUCGAAAGCUGUAUAGACUAUUGCUGACGAAAUUAAUUGGAUGUGUUUUGAUGGCGUGAAAUAUCUAACGUUUUAUAAUAAAACUAAAUCUACUCAGAAGUUUUUUAUUUGUGAUCAUAGAAUCACAUCUAUAGUUCCAUAAUCUAUAUGGUUUUCAGUGUUUUAUCCAUGAAAACUAAUUUAUUUUAGGCUUAUUAUGAGGAGUUAGUCUUAUGACUGUUAUUUUCCGACUACUGUGAGGGAAAACUGCUAAUAAUUCCAAAAAUAAUCCAUGUUUCGAUAUGAAUUAAGUUGGGCCACUUGAAAUAGGGAAUUGUAGAUCCAAAAAAACGAUCCCAGGAAAUAUUUUUUCAUAAAAAAUUACUUUGAGUAAAAUUAUGUUUUGAAUAUAGCGUGAAUGGACAAUAAGGCUAUAAGUUUAUUAUGGUCAUGUGAACCAUAUUUGUCAAGAGUUUAAUGUCGUAACUUGUUUUGAGCAUAUCUUUGAUGAAUAUAAUUUUGUUUCUUGUGGAAAUAUCAGCCCGUAAGCUGUGAAAUUUGCAAAUGUUGACGAUCAUUGGUUUGUGCAGAAUAAAAUGGAAUGAAUUUCACAAUCAGAUCAAAAUUUUAUCUUGAAGAAAUAAAAACUGAAUUUUCAUAUUUUUCCUACAAAAUACAAUAAAUAAGCUUCAUUUGCUUCUUACAACAUUUUUUCUAGGUUAAACCGUUUUUGAUCUGCAGCCGGUUGAAAGUGUACCGAUUCUAAAGUGCGCAGCUUUUUUUUCUCACUCACUCCCGUAAACAAACACGAGAAUGAGAAAGAUAAAAUAGGGGGCACUUGUGCCCUCUUUUAUCUUGCCCUUUCUUGUGUUCAUCAAAGAGAAUGAGCGAAAAAAGCGCUAGUGGUAGGACUUGUGAGGACCAGAGCUAAGUAUGUUGGACGCUCUUCUUAUCUAGCUCCUUAUCGACUCACCUUUUUGCAGCCCGGUAUGCAAGGAUGUUUUCGAUCAUCUGGCAAUCAUUUGACUCAUUUGUCUACAACUCAGUUCAGAAGCCUAAUAUUAAAAUGUGAUGCGACAAACUUCGUAUUUUUCGAUCGUUUAGUAUGAGUAGGUGGUAAUAGCGCUCUCACGCCGUAUAUAUGAGAGUUAGAAUAUUGCGUUCUUGGCGAUAAUUGUAGGAAAAACACUUUUCUACAAGCUUGCCGAACACCUCAUUUCAAUAUUAUGCUUCUGAACUGAGCUGUGGAUAAAUGAGUCAAAUGAUUGCCAAGUGAUCGAAAACAUCCUUGCCGGUAUGUGUGAGGCGCUGCCCAUAAACUACGUAAGCAAAAUUUUGACAAUCUCAGACCACCUUUCCCCCUCUUAGACUUUCGUCCAUACAAAGUUUUCGAAAUUUGUAAGGACCGUAGACUUUGGCCAGACACCUCCCUCCCCCCUUGGCAGGGCUGGUAGCAAGAACUGAUGGUCAAAAUAGUUAUUUUAGUGACGAAACUCUCGAAAAUAGUGACCAAAUAGUGACUUGCAGAUAGCAAAAAAGUGGGCUAAAUAGUGACUUUUGGCACAAAAAUAUGCUUAAUGAAAAUAAAAAAAAAAAACUUUCAUGCUCCAUUCCUAGAAUUGUACAAAGCUGCAUGUAUCUAAAUAAAAAUAUCUCAAUCUUCAUACUUUGUGGCAGUGCAUCGAAUGCGGAAUUUCUUAUGAAACUCUUGGAGAACUUGUUGGAUGUUUUCUAUCAUGAAUUUCACCAUGUUGAAAACAUAGACAAAUGCUUUAAAAAUGUGUAAAGAAAUUUGAGUAAGAAUUUCUCAAAUAUGAUUUCUUCAAUAUUUAUGCAAGAAUUCUCUCAAAAUUAUAAAAAAAUAUUUGGAAACAAAUAUAAGAAGGUAGCUAAGGUAGCUGGAAGAGUUUCUGGUUGGGACUUAAAAUAGUGAUUAACUCACUAAAUAACGACUCGCUAUUUAUUAGGCCUGCACUCUCACCGACGCACCAUGGGGUGGCCAACAAUAUUUUUGCGUUAGUUUUAUAAUGUCUUGCCCCUAUUCGUAGGUGUUAGAGAUGUCAGAGGGGGAAGGUCAUAACAAAACACCUUGAAGAAAUUGAUCCGAUCCGUCGGUGUUACCCUCGCAACCGGAGAAUGAUGAAAAAAGCUAAAAGACGUAGUGAGCGAUAUCGUAGGGCUCCUGGCAAGAAUCGAAGUUAUGCGUUCCCUUCGCGCUCAGAAUGUGGUAACAGCCCUGCUGUGGCUUCCACAAGGCUUAGCGAACGGGAACGCCCGUUCUCUGGUGAGUAUGCUAUGAAAUCGAUCAUAAAUAGGACCAUUGAUGCUGCCCGUGACCCCGUUUGUUCAGAUCCACCGCAAUCAUUCAAUGAUGUGAACGGCCGUCCUGACGAGAUACAGUGGGUGGAUGCCGUUACAGACGAACUGAUGUCCCUGAAGUCCAACAAGGUUUGGUGUUUUGUGGAAUGCCCGAAAGACGUGACCGUGUUUCAAUCAAAAUGGAUAUGUAGUGAGGACGCAAACGGACUCCCUGUUCAUCAUAAAGCCCAAUUGAUCGCAAAUGGAUACCUGCAACAACCUGGACAGGAUUACGGAGAAACUGCGCCUAUUUCCAAAGACGUCUACAUGGCUGUUCCGGAUGGUGUGUCCAGUAAAUCCAAUCAAGUUAGAAAAUUGGAGUAGAUAUGUAUGAGCCGUUUGAAGAUCCUGAGAUCCUAUUUGGGAUUAGCCGAUUAAGAGGGGGUGUUGGAGAUCACAGUAACCGGCAUUAUAUUGUAAGAACGAAGUGAGCCAUGACACACUGAUAUCUCUAACACUUUCUCACUUUAUACCCAUUCAACAUUUUACUCUCAACCAAGAAGGAAGUCCAAAUAAAUAUUAAGCUAGUUAACCCCUGAAGUUUUCAAUUUACAAGAGUAGGGUUUAUGUCUUAAAAUAUGAAAAACAUGUUAAACACGUCAUGAAUACUUCUAAGGUCUUCAAAACUUUUUGGAACUCAGUCCUCUAAUAUCUAUAAAAAUUGUUUCGAUAUAUAAGUAUAGUGAUUGGAUUCUAUUGAUGUUAUUUUUAAGGCAUAUGUUUUGAAAAUUUCCACAACAGUUUUAUUACUUUCAGUUCUACAUUCUACUUCCCAAAAAAGUUGAAAAAAGUGACUUUUUAGGUGAAAAUAGUGACUUUAAUGACCUGAUCUUGAAAUAAGAGACUUUAUAGUGACCAUGACCAACUAAAAAAAAGUGACUAAGUCACUAAAAAGUGACUUGCUACCAGCCCUGCCUUGGAGUCUACACAGUUUAUGGACAGGCUCAGAUUUCAUGGUCUUUAAUUUCAGAACAAACUUCUCACCUUCUUUUUUUUUUAGAAGUUUUUUAAAUCGCAUAACUAACCAACGCAAUAAGUAAUAAGUGGCUAACUUGGUGUUAUCGAUACUCUUAUCAAUAUCAGUUGCGUAUUACAGUUUAUCAUUAUUCAAAUGACACGUUGUUGUUCGGAAGUUUCACAAUUUAUUUAUUUUAGGCGCAAAUGCACAUGGUCGUCAUUUAGCAGGUGAUAAAAUUGUUAUAUGUUAAACGUGGGGUCCAGUGAAAACAGUAAAUACUUCACGUUACCUCAUUUGGUAAAAUAUCAGGAAACGUGGCAAGCUUGACAAAUAAAGCAAUUUAUGAAUAGCAUUUUAAUAAAGGGGAAUAAUUUUGAAAGUCGUACAAAGUUUGUAACUGAAACCUCGCGAGGAUAAAGUAUAGUUCAAGAAUUCAAAUUGAGUUUGCUUGCGACAAACCAUAACACACCAAAGCUUAGGUUGUUCAUAAAAAUUCUUUCAGAGCUGGGACUUUUGCACAUGGUAUCGCCACAAUCGGUUGUUGCUUUCUGUUAUCGGCGUUAUAUUCACUUGAUUUAAAGGUACUUGACCGUUGUUACCACCGGAUGUUUGGUCAACGAUAUCAAAAAGUAAGUUUUUCACUUCUCCGCUCAUUUUUUUACAAUGCCACAUCCUAUGGUGUACGUAAAGAUCUGCGGUUUCAGGCGAAAAUCCCAAGAGGUUUGUUGCGAUGAUAAAGCACUACAAGUCGAUCACUCUCGAUCGAGUUUCGAUGCUGUGCAGUUGAUUUUGAAAACAUAGGCAAAGCAAAAGCAGAAUCAGAACAUGGCCAGAACCAUGAAGUGGAAACUUUUGAUCUCGCCCAGGAAGAGUGGUUCCUCGCCAAAUAGUGCUGAUAAGAAACAAUCGCCUGAUGGUGGUGUGAAAUCGAUCCGACACAAAUCGUGCUGCAAAUGUGCGCUGGUGUGUAAGUGCAAACGACAUAAGCGUACGCUGCGGGCCCUUCCAGCGGGGCACUUCACAAGUGGUAUUUUACCGUGAAGUGAUUGCUCAAUGUACUGCAUAAUGCAAUAACUGAUAACAAUAAAGCAGCGUAUGAGCUGA